CUGGGCGCCGCCUGUGACGUAAGCGGAAGGGCACGUCACGCUCCGGCCGAGGCUGAGGGGGCACCGGCGGGGCAGGGACCGGGAGCGGGACCGUGAGAGGAAAAGGAGCUCUGGGUAAAACAUGUCGUGGAUCAGAGAGGGCGAGCUGACCAUCAUAGAGAGGUUCUGUGCCAACAUCAUUAAGGCAGGUCCAAUGCCCAAGCACGUCGCCUUCAUCAUGGAUGGCAACCGCCGGUACGCCCAGAAGUGUCACGUGGAGAGACAGCAGGGGCACUCAGAAGGCUUUGAUAAGCUGGCACAGACACUACGGUGGUGCUUAAAUCUGGGCAUUCAGGAGGUGACUGUUUAUGCCUUUAGCAUCGAGAACUUCAAACGCUCCAAGGAGGAGGUGGAUGGACUGAUGGACCUGGCAAGACAGAAGUUCAGUCGCCUCCUGGAAGAACAGGAGAACCUGAAGAAGCACGGGGUGUGUAUCCGUGUCCUCGGGGACCUGCCACUCCUGCCCGUGGAUAUUCAGGAGCUGAUUGCCCAGGCUGUGCUGGCAACCAGGAACUACAACAAAUGCUUUCUAAAUGUCUGCUUUGCAUACACAUCGAGACAUGAGAUCAGCAAUGCUGUGAGGGAGAUGGCCUGGGGGGUGGAACAAGGACUGCUCGAACCCAGUGAUGUGUCAGAAUCCUUGCUCGAUAAGUGUCUGUACACCAACAACUCCCCCGACCCAGACCUCCUGAUCCGGACCUCUGGAGAGGUUCGCUUGAGUGAUUUCUUGCUCUGGCAGACAUCCCAUUCAUGCCUGGUGUUUCAAUCAGUCUUGUGGCCAGAAUAUUCCUUUUGGAACCUGUGUGAGGCAAUCCUUCGGUUCCAGAUGAACUACGGUGCUUUACAGAAGGCCAGAGACUCCUACAUGGAGGAGAGGAGGCGACAGCAGAUGGAAAGGGAUCAGGAUUAUGUGACAAGGAAGCUGCAGCAGGAAGGGUGUGCAUCCCACGGAGACUCCCGGCGCCGACGGACUCUGCUGCAGAAAUGCACGGCCAUGCGGGAGGAGAGGAUCCAGGGCUUCCUGCAGGCACUGGAGCACAAGAGAGCAGACUUCUUUGAGAGAUUGUGUACGGUGUCUGCAUGACACAGGGGCUGGGUUACCUCAGGAAGACAACUUUUAGAGGGAGCUGCCCAGAGGAGCUGGCUCGCUGUGGCCCUGCAGCGGGGAUGCGGGGCUGCUCUAGGACUUGCCGUCCCCGCUGGCCCUGCUCGAGGGCAGGGACAGGGACUGUGACCCUCUCUAGUGCUGUGAAUGCUGCUGAGGAAGGUGAUGCCGUCCUGUCUCACCUCCCUCCUAUGAUGGCAGACAAUACCUGCACCCUCGGUGACAAGAAGUUAAACUGCAAUGAGCCUCCAGUUCUGUUUGACUCCUCGUGAAUUGGCCCAGCCAAACCAAUUCAGUCCCAUUAAAUCAGUCCUGGGCUUGAAUUCUUUCCAUGGCUUUGCAGUAGGGAAUCUUCUGUUGAGAUUUCCUCUGCUGUCCCAUCAGGGGAGCCUUGCUUUCUGGCAGGGAGAGGGUUAUUCCUGGUGUCAGGGACAUUCCCCACUGCCUGCUUUGGGAUAGCAUCUUGUCUUUUCCCCACCUGACUCUGCUGGGUUGGAUAGAUCUGCUCUUGGUUUCCAAAGAGCUAAAGAAGGUGUUGCCAGCCUUGCUGUGAAGAAAAAAAUACUCCAAAGCUUCACCAGGUCCUGUGAUCCAUCUGAGCAGUGUGGGGAAAACCCAAGUGCAGAAGAUGCUGGUGUUGGACCAGACUGACCUUGGGAAAGGCUCCGAGCAGGCAAGGAAAAAGGAUUGGUUGGGAAUUAACCUCAUGGCUUAGAAGGGAAAAGAAGUUAGCUAAACCCAGGUGAUGGCUACAGUAUGCCAAAUCCCUCUGAGCCCUCUCCAGAGCCAAGUUCCAGGGAAUAUGGGUGGGCUUAAUUCAGGAAUACAGUAGCCAAACCCAACCCCUGACCCCAGCCAAAAUGGUCCAGAAGGGCUAUUUGGCUGAUUUUAGCAGGAGUGGCCGGAGCAGCUGUGGAGUGUUGUUUGUUCUUAGUUUUCCAUUGGCAGGGAGCUGGACAAGCUGAUUUCCAAGAUUGUUUCCAUCUCUGAUUUCUCCUGGUUUCCGUCCCCAUGGUCAAAAUAAGUGAAAAUGUCUUGAUUUUUUUGUUUGUUUGUUCCUGAUGCACACACAGGUGCGGCAGUACCAGCUAUUGCUGGGUUUAAAGUGUUUCUUUUUACCUCCAGGUGAAAACUAGAAAAUGCAGGUUUAAAGGACUUGUAAGUGCUGCAGAGUGAGCACUUGGCAUGUGAUUGUGAAGAGGAUAACUGCGUUGUCAAACGGGGAAUAAAGCAUAUUCAUACCAAAGUUAUUUAAAAAAAUGAGCUGAAUGUUUAAAACUACAUAGAGCUGCUUAUUCUAAGGUGUGAUGAAGUUGGCGUCCAGGUCUAAUAUAAUAAUAUUUAACCUGUGACAGGCUCCUCAUGUGAUUCCUGUUAGCCUGGGAAUGAUUUGAAGGUUCUUUUUACAGUGUACUGUGACCAGUUUGAUGGUACUCCAAAGCUUGGCCAAGUCAAGCUGCACAUGCAGGUACCACCUCUUGUGUAAGUAGCAAACAGAAUUUGGAUAAAGAUGUGCUGAGAUGAUGGGAGCUGUUGAUUUUUAAACUUCUUUUGCUGUAUUUUCUCCACAUUUCAGGAAACUGUGGGAAUAAUGCGCUCUCCAUGAGAUGGAACACUGUCCAGUCUGCUUUGCCUGGCUGAUGGGGAGGUUCUUCUACCCAAAAAAUGUAUUUUUGCCUUAAAAAAAAAAAAAAAGCUUUUCCAUUGUGUUAUGAUUCUACAGGUGACCAAAGCCACAGUGGUGGCUUUCCACAAAGUACUGUUGCAGGUGUGGUAAGUGAAGGAUCUGGUUUACAAAAGGUUUGUAGGGGAAGUUUUAAUAAUCCCUUUUAUAAAAGGCAUCACUGGAGUAGGGGAGGAGGAAAAGUCCUUCAAGCAGUGGCAGAAGGUUUGUAUUACCUGAGUUUGUAUAUCCUACUGCAUCAGUCAUUCCAGUAGAUAUAAUUCCAGUUAUGUCCCCUGUAAGUCUGCCUUUAUUAGAGGGUGGGCAUAAGUUACCCAGGCAAACUUGGGAGUUUCAGGAGUCCGUCUUUCCAGUGAAUCUGUGGGGACAGAGCCACAGCCUUCUGUCAGUGAGAACUGAACAUGCAUAAUUCGUGUUUAUGGGGUGAAGAU